UGCUCUGAUUAGUGUGCGUGCGUGCGUCAGCCAUUACCAACCUAAACCUCCUCUUUAUUCAUCCAAAAAAAACCCUAACUUCACCACUGUUUACAGCGAUCUAUCUGCGGUUGUGUUCUCGCUUAAAUGGAGGAUUUGGAUCCGAAAACCCUAAUCAUCACUACAAGGCACAAAUGUGCGGCUUGUUUUCAGCAAUUUAAGAAAAAAGAACACCUUGUUGCUCACAUGAAGAAAUCCCAUCACUCUGUGCAUCAGCCGAAAUGCGGCGUUUGUCAAAAGCAUUGCAAAUCAUUUGAAUCAUUAAGGGAACAUAUAUCUGGUCCAUUAGCUAAGGCUCAGUGUUCAAGUAUAUUCUCUCAAUACGGUUGCCAACUUUGUAUGAAGGUUUUCGAGAGCCCAAUUUCUCUUGGUGAACAUAAAGAUCAAUGCAUCUUAACAGCCCCUGAUUGCCUUGGAACAAUAAAUAUUCCCUACAUAGAGUAUGAAGCGUUACAAGAUGUAAACUAUAUUGAUAAAGAUCUUAAAGCGGUUGCCGUCGAUUGCCAAAUGGUUGGGUGUGGUAGUGAUGGAUCACUUGACCAAUUGGCUCGUGUUUGUCUUGUUGACGAAGAAGAAAAUAUAAUAUUUCACACUUAUGUGGAACCUCAAAUAUCUGUCACCGAUCAUAGAUACGAACUAACCGGCUUAACCGAAGAACAUCUAAUAGAUGCCAUGCCACUAAGGAAAGUACAAGAAAAGAUAUCUCAAAUUUUAUAUAACGGAGAAUCAAUCGGAAAAGCAAGGUUGGAUGGUGGAAAAGCUAAACUUCUUGUGGGUCAUAAUUUAGAGCAUGAUUUGGAUUGCUUGUUAAUGAGUUAUCCUGACAAAUUAUUAAGGGAUACUGCAACGUAUCGUCCGCUAAUGAAAACUAAUUUGGUCAGUCACUCUCUCAAGUACCUCACUAAAACAUAUUUAGGGUACGAUAUAAGGUUAGGGACACACGACACUUUUCAAGAUUGUGUAUCGGUAAUGAGACUAUACAAGCGUAUGCGUUCUCAAGAACAUCAAGAUUACAAAACUGCAACAUCAUGCACCAAACAAAACCUUAUUUUCGACAACGGAACAUCUAAGGAUCUUGAGAAUAUGUCCCCAGAUGAACUCUUUCAGAUUUCGACACCAAAUUAUCAGUGCUGGUGUUUGGAUUCUCGACCACGCGAUCCACCAUGAGAUUGCGCGACUUUUAUUGGUGAUUUUUAGAGUAAAUGGUUUAGUAGAUGUGACCCCUAGUGUUACUGGUGAAGAUUUUCUUGAUUGUUAAUAUAUGCUAACAUGUUUUUUUUUUUU